GGUGGGCCGCGGUGGUUGCCAAGCGUUGCUAAGGGGAGGCGGGGCGGGGCGGGAGAGAGGGCGGAGGCGAGAGCGACGGCCCCCUCCGCGGGGAUGGAGGAGCUGAGGCGGCGGCGGCGGCGGCAAGAAGCAGGCCGUCUCGGGGGCUGACUUGACUGGCUUGGUUCCCUCCCUCCCUCCGGCGGACUCGCCCCCCUCACGGACAGCGGCGGGCCCUCAAUGGGGGCGCAACAGCCCGCGGGGUAAAUCGUCUCUCUCGACUCCCGACCCUGGGACGGACUGAGGCGGAGGAGGAGGAGCCUCUCUGAAAAACGUUUGGGGAAUCUUUCUCUGAACUUUGCCUCGUUCUCAUUACAUAGCUGCUCCUGAACAGAGAGUGAACGGCGGAAAAGUCAAGUGAUUCCAAUGCACAACAGUCUGCCCUGUGAAUAGCACUGUCACUUUAAUAAUUCCUUGUCAAGGGAUUGCUUUCAAUCCUCUUGGGCUUAAUGCAAGUGAGGAUCAGAGAGACAUUAAAGGCUAGAACGCUGGGUGGAGAAAAUAAAAAUGAAAGUGAUUACUGUUUGAGUAACUGAGUGAAACCUGGAACAUUUUUCUUCAAAUGCGCUGAAGACCACCGUGAGCAUCCUGUGCUGAAUCUAACUGAUAAAAGUCACCUGAGAUUGCAACAAAAAGUCCCUUUGAACUGGAUUUGUCUUCCUCAGCAGUUUUGCUUGGAUUAUUUGAGAACUGAUGUUCAGCUUCAGUGGGGCUGGAGUGUGUUGAACUGGAUUAUUAGAACUGCCAACACUUGGGACUGUGCCUUAAUUAUAUUUCUACAUUCACUUAACUUCUAUAACAGACAAAACCUUUCCUGUCACAAGGGAUUCUUAUACAUUUUUGUAGGCUGACAGGUGUUUUCUCUUGUAUAUUUUUAUAGAUCGGGAAGUAUUUUGCAGAUUUUGACAACUCUUCUGGCAAACUCUAACCUUUCCCCCUCCCUCUUGCUGUUUUACGGGUGGUAUUGGAAGUUUUAAACUGGGGAAAGCUGUGAGUACCAUCGUGGAAAAUGAAAAUAUAGAGCACUCUUUCUGAACUGAACUAUGUAAGCAUUUUGAAGCGGAUGGCAAAUUUCUGACCUCACAAGACAAUCCCAGCGGGACUCUGUUGAUACCGGUAAAUAAGAGCUUGUGUCCAGUGCCAGAAUUAACAACGAGAAUGCCGGUCAAGAAGAAAGAUACAGACCGAGCUUUAGCACUCCUGGAAGAUUACUGCAAGAAGCUAAAAAAGCCAGAGGAGCAACAGCUGAAAAGGGCCAUCAAGAAAGUGAUGGGCAUCUUUAAAAGCAGCUUAUUCGAGGCACUCCUAGAUAUUCAAGAAUUUUACGAAGUGACGCUGCUGAACUCCGAGAAAACAUGCCAGCAAAAGAUAGAAGAAGCAAAUCAGGUGGCAGAGAAAUGGGAGAAGACACAGUCUCUGGUCACAGACAAUGGAAGUCAGCACAAAACCCAAGAGGCGGCAGCUUCGAAUGAACCAAGUAGAGGGGCAGCACACGAAAAUCAGGAUAAAACAAACCAGUCUUCUGAUAACCAUUCCAUGGAUGAAGCUACAAAACUGGAAUGCAGAGCCAUUCAGUGA